UGGUUAGGUUAGCCUGUUAGUACCGAAGGUUUGUCUGUAAGUAUCGAAGGGUGGUCUGUAAGUAUCGAAGUUUAGUCUCUAACCUCUAAGUGAGUGUAAGAGCACGUGAACAAGAUAUAGUAAACUUUCUAACGGGAAAUCGUUAUUAUUAUUGUAAAAAAUGGAGCAAAUAAUAAUAAAACAGGAAAUUGACGAUAGUGUGAGAGAAACAGAGACUGGUGAUAAUACAGAAAUUAAAUACGAAGAAAAAUUAAAAUACACAAGCCUUAUAGCCAAACCCAUGGCCCCAAAAAAAUUAACCAAAAAAAUUUAUAAGUGUAUUAAAAAAGCUGCAAAGCAUAAAUCUUAUCUUCGAAAUGGUUUGAAGGAUGUUCAGAAGCAUCUUCGCAAAGGAGAACAAGGAUUGGUAGUCUUUGCUGGAGAUGUAUUUCCAAUAGAAAUCAUGUGUCACUUACCAAUUGUAUGCGAAGACAAAAAUAUUCCAUACUGCUACACACCUUCGAGACAGGACAUUGGUGCUGCUAUGGGUGUGAAAAGAGGCAGUCUUAUGGUACUUAUUAAAGAACACGAAGAAUAUAAAGAACUUUAUGAUGAAAUUAAAACUGCGAUGAUAACAUUAUCAACACCGCUAUAGAUAUAUAUCUAACCAUUUGUAUUUUAAUCACUUUGUAAAUAGAAUAGAUCCAUGUAUCCUUAAGAGAGAGAACAGUA